GGCUGGGCGGUUGAUGGGGAGGAGAAUUGGAAUUGAGGGGUGCUUCCCAUCCGAUGUGCUAAGAGUGGGAGGGAGGCAGCCUGGGAUGUGAGUGGUGCCUUGGAGCAGGAAGAGACAGAAGUUGGGAGGUGUUGGGGUACGUGGCGUGGUGCGACAGAUAGGGUGGGGUGGCCGGAGCUGCCUGCUUUGGAGGAUGGGAUUGGUUCUUUAAGGGCUCAGGGGAAAGAGCGCCAAUCCCUCUGUGUUCUUAAUGACCGGAAGGUGGGGGUGAAUCAUUACGCUGGACAGGUUUUGCAAAUGAGAUUUACAGUCUGUCCAUUCACGUCACUUCAUUUCUGCGAAACUGUCACCUACCAAGACUGCUCGUGCGAAAGGAAAGCAUCUAUCCCGAUGCGAGCUUUUUUGGGAAAUGAAAUACAUAGGGUUGUUGUGUUGUUUUGUUUUUUAGGCAAAAAAGGCAGCCAACGUUUGUGAAACAACAGGUUAACGGUGUAUUACGUGGUGAAAUCUCUGACUAGGACGUACUACAAAAAAAUGCAUACGUGAAAUUUUAAGCGUAUGAUGAAGCAUACGGAAAGUACAUUCAUUUUUACCAUGGUCUUAGCAUUUCUUGUAUGUUGAGGCCCAGCAUGAAGGUCCCAGUCAUUGCAGUGGAGCAGGUGGUGAAUACUUACUCUGCUAGAAACAGAAGAAUAUUUUGAGUAAAAAAUAUGCCUCCCAAGUUCAAGCGCCACCUAAAUGAUGAUGAUGUCACUGGUUCUGUGAAAAGUGAAAGGAGAAAUCUUUUGGAAGAUGAUUCAGAUGAAGAAGAGGACUUUUUUCUAAGGGGACCAUCUGGACCAAGAUUUGGACCUAGAAAUGAUAAAAUUAAACAUGUUCAGAAUCAGGUGGAUGAAGUUAUUGAUGUCAUGCAAGAAAAUAUUACAAAGGUAAUUGAAAGAGGGGAGAGACUAGAUGAACUACAGGACAAAUCAGAAAGCUUAUCGGAUAAUGCAACUGCUUUUAGCAACAGAUCCAAACAACUUCGAAGGCAAAUGUGGUGGCGUGGAUGCAAAAUAAAAGCCAUCAUGGCUUUGGUUGCUGUUAUCCUUUUGCUAGUGAUUAUCACUCAGAUCAUCCUGCACUUGAAAAACUGAAGUUUUACCACCAUCAAACUAUCAUUUUUUAACAACAAUGAAGAUCAACAGAAAAAAUUCCAGUAGCUUUGCAAAUAUUAGUUGAUACCCAGUGAAAUUGGGUUACUAUUUUUAUGUGUGAAACAUACCCUUGUGAUUUAUGUUUAAUUGCAGAAGCCUAUUAUUGCCUUGUAGCAAUUUUGUGAUUAUAAUUCUGAUUAGUUGGUUAUUAUCAUAACUCAGUGAUAUAUGUGGUCUUCUGGCUCCUCUGUUCUAAGAAAAGCACACUGGAAGUUGUCCCUAAGAUUUUAUAAACUGGGAGAUUUUUUUUAAUUAAAGGGGAAAGUUCAGUAUUGAAAAUGGAACAUUAUCUAAAAUGGAGAGAGAAAAAUUAAUACACGCCAUGUAUAGAAAUACUUGUGUUAGCUCUCCUGUAGUUGGCCUGUUAUUAUAGUCUUUCUGUACAUUUCUAUGCUCUGCACUAGAAAAUUAUAACAUUGCCAUUUUUAUAGCUUAAAUCAACAUCUUUUAAUUCUGUGUAGCAUGUGGGUACUUUGUAAAUACUUAUAUAUGUACAGACUAAGGGAACAAAAAUAAAAAGAAUUGAAAUCUCGAAUUGCCAACAAUAUACUCUUAAACAUGUUUGUCCUGUUAUCACUGUUGCUCACGCUGCCUGUAUUUACAAGUGUAAAACACUAUGAAUAGAAAAUAUGCAAGAAAUUGUUUUUCCGUGUUGAGAACAAAUACCAUUAGAUGUCCUUAAUUGUAUUGAGUCAGUGUGUUAAGUCAAGGACUAUUGCGUUAAUCUAAUUCUGUUUUCACAUGAAAAUGUGAUUGGAGUCAAUUUCAUUUUUCUGUGAGUGCAUAGUAAGAGCAUGAAUCAAUCUAAAUAUAUAUUUUUGGGAAUGCAGUGUGGUGCUUUGGUUUGUGCAGGAAAUUGUCACAAAACAAUGUAAAGAACCUGUGGCUCAUAAAGAGCUGAAAGGUGCUAUACAUCCUGAUUUGUCAUUUUUUCCAUGUUGUUGACAAAUGGUCCCACUCCUUAGACUGGUGUAGGGUUUGGGCUUUUUACUUUCUCUUGUUUGGUUAGUUAGUUGGUUUUUGAAAUGGGGUCUCACUGUUGCACUGUUGUGUAGUCCAGGCAGACCUUGAACUCAGAAUCCUCCUACCUUAGCC